AUGACAGCACUGCGCGCCCAGAUGAUUAUGCUAAAAGCACAAAGGGAGUACCUACAAACUAGCUACGACGAGGUUGCAUCUGAACUUAAAAACCUCGCUUCCGCUGAGCUUGAGGGCUCCUCCCAGAAAGAUGCAGCAUGGAUGAGGCUACUUUUGGAACAGGUCAAGUUAGUGUCGGAGAUGUUGGAUAUUGAUGCUGAAAUUAAGUGUGUGGAGUUUGAACUGAGAACGGAACCAGAGCAGGGUGAGGAUUGGUGA